AUGGAGACCUUAGUUGCUGUUGCUCAGCAUCAGAACCAAUACUGUAGUAGAAGAAAAUCCUGGGCAUUGAACCAGUUUUGUUCUUCUCCGUCAAGAGGACCCAAGGGGAUCAAUUGCUGUACCUUUGAAGCCGGUCUUGGUAUCCUUCAAUCCCCUCCUUCAGUCGUGUCUUCAUUCAACCACAACUAUCAUGAACCGCAGUCUCCCUGCUUCUACUCAGAACCACCAAAACCAAGCAGAAGAAGCAAUCUGAUUGCUAUUAGUCCCAAACCCACUAGCAAAGGACCCAGCUUUAAUGAUGGUAUCGAGGAAUUCUCUGACUCUGAGCUUUGGGCUGGUCCAGCUUACUCCAAUUCACCUGCUCCUAGUUCUUUACCUAUUCCUAAAUUUUCUCUUCGCCAGAAGAGGAGUGUAUCCUUAGAAUUGCCUCUUCCAUCUUUGGGUAUUGAACUGCCACCUGUUGCCAAAUCUGCACCGCCUUCACCUUCAAGAGAGUCUUUCUCUUCUGCCACUGAGAAUCUGAGGAGAAUUCUCCAUUUGGAUAUUGCGGAUGACUGA